AUGGCUAUUUUCAGCGUGUACGUGGUCAACAAAGCCGGCGGCCUGAUCUACCAGCUCGACAGCUACGCGCCACGAGCCGAGGCUGAGAAAACCUUCAGCUACCCGCUCGACCUGCUGCUCAAGCUACACGACGAGCGAGUGCUAGUGGCCUUCGGCCAGCGCGACGGCAUCCGCGUGGGCCACGCAGUGCUGGCCAUCAACGGCAAGGACGUGAACGGCAAGUACACGGCCGAUGGCAAAGAGGUGCUGGAGUAUCUCGGAAACCCUGCCAACUAUCCCGUGUCCGUGCGAUUCGGCCGGCCCCGCCUCACCUCCAAUGAGAAGCUCAUGCUGGCCUCCAUGUUCCACUCGCUGUUCGCAAUCGGCUCUCAGCUGUCUCCCGAGCAGGGCAGCUCGGGCAUUGAGGUGCUGGAGACAGACACAUUCAAGCUGCACUGCUUCCAGACCCUGACAGGAAUCAAGUUUGUGGUGCUGGCAGACCCUAGGCAAGCCGGAAUAGACUCUCUGCUCCGAAAGAUUUAUGAGAUCUACUCAGACUUCGCCCUCAAGAAUCCAUUCUACUCCCUGGAAAUGCCUAUCAGGUGUGAGCUGUUCGACCAGAACCUGAAGUUAGCCCUGGAGGUGGCAGAGAAGGCUGGAACUUUUGGACCCGGGUCAUAG